AUGGGGCUACCUACUCUGGAGUUUAGCGAUUCCUACUUGGAUAGCCCGGAUUUCAGAGAGCGCCUGCAGUGUCACGAGAUUGAGCUGGAGCGAACCAACAAGUUUAUUAAAGAGCUCAUUAAGGACGGCUCUCUGCUCAUCGGGGCGCUAAGGAAUCUGUCUAUGGCAGUACAGAAAUUUUCCCAGUCACUACAAGACUUCCAAUUUGAAUGUAUAGGCGAUGCUGAAACAGAUGAUGAAAUUAGUAUUGCUCAGUCAUUGAAAGAAUUUGCAAGGCUACUCAUUGCAGUAGAAGAAGAAAGAAGAAGACUGAUUCAAAAUGCUAAUGAUGUAUUAAUUGCGCCACUUGAGAAAUUUCGAAAAGAACAGAUAGGUGCAGCAAAAGAUGGAAAGAAGAAAUUUGACAAGGAGAGUGAAAAAUACUAUUCUAUUCUUGACAAGCAUUUAAAUUUAUCUGCAAAGAAAAAGGAGUCUCAUUUGCAGGAGGCUGAUACACAGAUUGACCGAGAACAUCAAAACUUUUAUGAAGCAUCAUUAGAGUAUGUCUUUAAAAUUCAAGAAGUUCAAGAAAAAAAGAAGUUUGAAUUUGUUGAACCGCUUUUGUCAUUCCUUCAGGGCUUAUUUACUUUUUAUCAUGAAGGAUAUGAACUGGCACAGGAAUUUGCACCGUAUAAGCAACAGCUACAGUUCAACUUGCAAAAUACAAGAAAUAAUUUUGAAAGUACACGUCAAGAGGUAGAACGAUUAAUGCAAAGAAUGAAAUCUGCCAACCAGGAUUACAGACCACCCAGCCAGUGGACGAUGGAAGGCUAUCUGUAUGUCCAAGAAAAACGACCACUUGGUUUUACCUGGAUUAAACAUUAUUGUACAUAUGACAAGGGAAGUAAAACAUUUACAAUGAGUGUUUCAGAAAUGAAAUCCAGUGGGAAAAUGAAUGGCCUUGUUACUAGCUCACCAGAAAUGUUUAAAUUGAAAUCUUGUAUCCGACGAAAGACAGAUUCCAUUGAUAAGCGAUUCUGCUUUGACAUAGAAGUAGUUGAAAGGCAUGGAAUCAUCACUUUGCAGGCCUUCUCAGAAGCUAAUAGGAAACUUUGGUUGGAAGCUAUGGAUGGGAAGGAACCGAUUUACACCCUGCCUGCCAUUAUUAGCAAGAAGGAAGAAAUGUACUUAAAUGAAGCAGGGUUCAACUUUGUAAGAAAAUGCAUUCAAGCUGUGGAAACAAGAGGCAUCACCAUUUUAGGCCUCUACCGAAUAGGAGGAGUGAACUCCAAAGUCCAGAAACUCAUGAACACCACAUUUUCUCCAAAAUCCCCUCCAGAUAUUGAUAUUGAUAUUGAGCUAUGGGACAAUAAGACAAUCACAAGUGGACUGAAAAACUACCUCAGGUGUCUCGCUGAACCACUGAUGACUUACAAGUUGCACAAAGACUUCAUUAUUGCUGUUAAAUCUGAUGACCAAAAUUAUAGAGUGGAAGCUGUACAUGCAUUGGUGCACAAAUUACCUGAAAAAAACCGAGAGAUGCUGGACAUCUUAAUAAAGCACCUGGUCAAAGUAUCACUACAUAGUCAACAAAAUCUAAUGACUGUCUCAAACCUUGGUGUCAUAUUUGGCCCAACUCUAAUGAGAGCACAAGAAGAAACUGUGGCUGCCAUGAUGAAUAUUAAGUUUCAGAAUAUAGUGGUUGAAAUCCUGAUUGAACACUAUGAAAAGAUUUUCCAUUCUGCCCCAGACCCAAGCAUUCCUCUUCCUCAACCCCAGUCACGAUCUGGGUCCCGGAGGACACGUGCAAUCUGCCUCUCUACAGGUUCUCGGAAACCCAGAGGGAGGUAUACUCCAUGCUUGGCUGAACCAGACAGUGACUCUUACAGCAGCAGCCCUGACAGUACACCUAUGGGCAGCAUCGAAUCCCUCUCCUCGCACUCAUCUGAACAAAACAGCACUCCGAAAUCUGCAGCCUGCCAGCCCAGGGAGAAAUCUGGUGGGAUUCCCUGGAUUGCGUCCCCAUCACCUGCCAACGGACAGAAAAGCCUUGGUCUCUGGACUACUAGUCCUGAAUCAAGUUCUAGAGAAGACGCAACCAAAACGGAUGCUGAAUCAGAUUGCCAGAGUGUAGCCUCAAUCACUAGCCCAGGGGAUGUGUCCCCACCAAUAGACCUGGUCAAGAAAGGGCCUUAUGGACUGUCAGGACUGAAAAGAUCCUCAGCUUCAUCCCUGAGAUCCAUCCCUGCAGCUGAAGGAAACAAGAGCUACAGUGGAUCCAUUCAAAGCUUAACUUCCAUAAGUUCCAAAGAGAUACCCAAAACCCCACCAAACCCAGACCUGCCUCCAAAAAUGUGCAGGAGGUUAAGGUUAGACACCACUUCAAGCAAUGGCUAUCAGCGACCUGGCUCAGUAGUGGCAGAAAAAGCCCAGCUGUUUGAAAACGUUGGUUCAAUUAAGCCAGUUUCUUCUGGGCGCCAAGCCAAAGCCAUGUAUUCCUGUAAAGCAGAGCACAGCCAUGAGCUCUCGUUCCCACAGGGGGCAAUAUUUUCUAAUGUGUAUCCAUCGGUGGAACCAGGAUGGUUAAAGGCAACUUAUGAAGGCAAAACUGGACUAGUCCCAGAAAAUUAUGUUGUCUUCCUCUAA